GCGCAAGCCAGAGCUGCGGGCAGCAGCGGCCUUGGCGCACGUCGAGGGCUCUGGCUGGCAUUGUUGCCAGCUGUGAGCUAGCAUCCAGGAGGCCGAGCGGGCGGUGCUGUCCGAAGGGCGGAGCUACAGGGUCUGCAAGGAUGCUGGCUGUCCCGGAGAUGGGCCUGCAAGGGCUGUAUAUCAGUAAGACCUCUGCACUACCUACCUGUCAACUACCCCACUUGACUGGGCAUGGAGACCACUGUCCUACUGCCCACAUGUGCCUCUCCCAGCAGGAGUUCUUGAGAGCCAUUCUAUAAAUGUGUGCUUGCUCUAGCCCAGAGAGGUCCCCAGUGCCCAGCCCACCCGGCACACCAAGAACCCAGGAGAGCUGUGGUAUUGCCCCCCUCACACCUUCACAGUCUCCCAAGCCAGAGGCCCGAGCCCCUCAACAGGCCUCCUUCUCUGUGGUAGUGGCCAUUGACUUCGGCACCACAUCCAGUGGCUAUGCCUUCAGCUUUGCUAGUGACCCUGAGGCCAUCCACAUGAUGAGGAAAUGGGAGGGAGGGGACCCAGGCGUGGCCAACCAGAAGACCCCUACGUGUCUGCUGCUGACCCCAGAGGGUGCCUUUCACAGUUUUGGCUACACCGCUCGUGACUACUACCAUGACCUAGACCCCGAGGAGGCACGGGAGUGGCUGUACUUUGAAAAGUUCAAGAUGAAGAUCCACAGUGCCACUGAUCUCACCUUGAAGACCCAGCUAGAGGCGGUAAAUGGAAAGAAGAUGUUGGCCCUGGAAGUGUUUGCUCAUGCCCUCCGCUUCUUCAAGGAGCAUGCCCUUCAGGAGCUGAGAGAGCAGAGCCCAAUGACGCUUGAGAAAGACACUGUACGCUGGGUGUUGACAGUCCCUGCUAUCUGGAAACAGCCAGCUAAGCAGUUCAUGCGAGAGGCUGCCUACUUGGCUGGCCUGGUGUCUCGAGAAGAUGCAGAAAAACUGCUCAUCGCUUUGGAGCCUGAGGCUGCCUCUGUCUACUGCCGAAAGCUGCGCCUGCACCAGCUCAUGGACCUGAGUUGCCGGACCCCUGGUGGUGGGCGCCUAGGUGAGCGCCGCUCCAUUGACUCCAGCUUUCGGCAUGCCCGGGAGCAGCUGAGAAGGUCUCGUCACAGCCGCACAUUCCUGGUGGAGUCCGGUGUGGGAGAACUGUGGGCAGAAAUGCAAGAAGGAGACCGCUACGUGGUGGCAGACUGCGGGGGAGGCACUGUGGAUCUGACGGUACACCAGCUGGAACAGCCCCAUGGCACCCUCAAGGAGCUCUACAAGGCCUCGGGCGGCCCUUACGGCGCGGUGGGCGUGGACUUGGCCUUUGAGCAACUGCUUUGCCGCAUAUUCGGGGAGGACUUCAUCGCCAAAUUCAAAAGGCAACGACCAGCAGCCUGGGUGGAUCUGACCAUUGCCUUCGAGGCCCGCAAACGCACGGCAGGCCCGCACCGUGCAGGGGCGCUCAACAUCUCGCUUCCGUUCUCUUUCAUUGACUUCUACCGCAAACAGCGAGGUCACAAUGUGGAGACGGCCUUACGCAGGAGCAGUGUGAACUUCGUGAAGUGGUCCUCACAGGGGAUGCUCCGGAUGUCCUGUGAGGCCAUGAACGAGCUGUUUCAGCCCACAGUCAGUGGGAUCAUCCAGCACAUAGAGACGCUGCUGGCAAGGCCUGAAGUUCAGGGCGUAAAGCUGCUGUUCCUAGUGGGCGGAUUUGCGGAGUCAGCCGUGCUGCAGCAGGCAGUGCAGGAAGCACUGGGCACGCGCGGCCUGCGGGUCAUCGUCCCGCAUGAUGUGGGCCUCACCAUCCUCAAGGGAGCAGUGCUCUUUGGCCAGGCACCAGGUGUGGUGCGGGUGCGCCGCUCGCCACUCACUUAUGGUGUGGGCGUGCUUAACCGUUUUGUGGCUGGUCACCACCCGCCAGAGAAACUGCUGGUUCGUGAUGGGCGCCGCUGGUGCACAGAUGUCUUCGAGCGUUUUGUGGUCGCCGAACAGUCAGUGGCCCUUGGAGAAGAGGUGCGGCGCAGCUACUGUCCUGCACGUCCGGGUCAGCGGCGCGUGCUCAUCAAUCUGUACUGCUGUGCCGCCGAAGAUGCACGCUUCAUCACCGACCCUGGCGUGCGGAAGUGUGGAGCCCUCAGUCUGGAGCUUGAACCCACCGAAGACUGCCCUGAAGGAUGCCCUGGCAGCACUGGCACGUCCCCCGGUCGCCGUGAGAUUCGUGCUGCCAUGCAGUUUGGGGAUACCGAGAUAAAGGUCACUGCUGUGGAUGUCAGCACCAAUCGCUCUGUGCGGGCCGCCAUCGACUUUCUUUCCAACUGAGGGCACACCUUGGGUCCCCAUCUGGGACAGAGGAACGUGCUAGUUCCAGGGCAGUACCCCAUUUUUCCCUACCUUGGAAGAAAUGGGGUGAGGACAUAUGGGAAGACUGCCAUUGGGAUGGGGCCUUGGUCUGCCGAUCACAAUGCUGAAAGCCUCUCCCCCCACCCCCAGCCAAGAACACCAAGAGGCAAGGUGGUGAGAGACUUAAGAAGUUUGCUGGAAGGUGAGCUCAGCUUUGCAGGUGUGUGACCACAAAAACAGAAUGCAACAGAGGACUAAACACUAGCUGGAAAUGAAGGGUUGAAGAGAGAGGCCACACAAAGCAGGCUAAGGAGGAGCCACAGGAGGCAGGGCCUGAGUCUGAAGGUUCAGAGUUCUGACUGUUGAGCUCCAGCCAUAGGAAGCAGGUAGAGCAACUUAGUGCAACGGGGAAAUGAUAUGCAAAUACUAAAGGGACAGGUGUAAUAGCACCUUCCUGGAUGUGUGACUGUUAAAUUGUAGAAAGGGCAGUGGUUGGCAGCUGAGGAGGGCAUGUUGUUACAGUGAAGGCAAUUUGGACAUGUGGCCAUAGCAUGCUCAGGGGACUCAAGGGAAGCCUAUGAAUAAGCCAUCUGUCCACAGCCCAGCCAUGGUCGGAUAGCUGGAGAGCAUUAAGGAGGACAGGGCUCACAGGAGGAGGGUCCAAGCUCUGCCACUGAUGUGGUGUGCCAUUAGGAAAUCAAUCAACCUGGGCCUCAGUUUCUCCAAGUGUGAAAUGUUGGGCAUCUCCUGCCAAUUAUGGCAUUACCUGCCUGAGAACUCACCUAAAGGUGCAAAUAAAGCAUUUAUGUUUAAGGAAAGCAACAGCCUUCUAAUACCAUCAGAGUAGGGGACCCC